AUGCGGACUCCCUUGACGGAUGCUUCAGCAAGAGUAAACAAAUGCCUUGCCCCGAUUACAGAGCGAGAGGAGCCACUGAGACAACCACAGCAACAGAUGACAUCGCCGGUGCCGAUGUCCAUUGUGACAAGUCCUCUGUCCGCAAAGAAUGCAGAUGUCAACUGCAGCAGCCCAGCUCCAGGCUCACAGCCAGGGACUAACCGCAAUUCUGUAAUGUCAGCGGCGUCAAUAAUCACCAACCAAGGCAAGAGGAAGACACAUGUGGGACCAUGGCAACUCGGAAGGACACUCGGCACGGGGGUGAGCGGCCGCGUGAGACUGGCGAAGCAUUCAGUAACGGGGCAGUUGGCUGCGAUCAAGAUCGUCUCGAAGAAAUCCGCCGCCAUAACGCAGAGUGCGAGUAUUGCGGGAAUGGAUAAGAAGGCCAAUCGUAUCGGAGGUAUAGGGCCGCGCCAGAUCCCAUCCGGGCUGGAGCGCGAGGUUGUCAUCAUGAAACUGAUCGAACACCCAAAUGUGAUCAAUCUUUAUGAUGUUUGGGAGAACCGGGGCGAAUUGUACCUAGUAUUAGAGUUCGUUGAAGGGGGCGAGUUGUUCGAGUACGUUUCGGAGAAUGCCCCUCUACGAGAGGACGAAGCGGUACGGAUAUUCUGUCAGAUAAUUGCUGGCCUGGGAUAUUGCCAUCGCUUCAAUAUUUGUCACCGAGACCUGAAACCGGAGAACAUACUUCUUGAUGCGCAGGGCAAUGUGAAGCUCGCUGACUUUGGAAUGGCCGCUCUUCAGCCAUCGCAUCGUUGGCUUGACACGUCUUGCGGAAGUCCGCAUUAUGCUGCUCCGGAAAUCGUCGGAGGGAAGAGAUAUCUCGGUGACAAGGCAGAUAUAUGGAGCUGCGGCAUAAUAUUGAAGUAUGAGAAGCGCUACCAAGGGGCAGUGGACUAUCAUAUCGGUCCUGCACCGCCGCUUAUGCCCGAAGACUGUGGCCCACCUAUCACCAACAAGGAAGACGUGGACAUCGACCUUCUGAGGAACCUGCAGACACUAUGGCAUGAUGCUACUCCCGAAGCAAUACUGAAGAGGAUUUUAGACCCUACUCCGAGCCAUCAACGCCUGUUUUACCAUGCUUUGGUAAAAUUUAGAAACGAACAGUUGGAACAUUAUCAAGGACAGACUCUCGAGCACUCCGCCAGCGACUAUCACCAUAUAUCAGUGGCACCGCGUACACCAAGUCGCCGAACUCGACGUGCGAAGGGCAGCUCAGCGAAGUGGUCGCAAUUUCCACCCGUGAAAGAAACAGGCAGAAGGACCAAAUAUAAUGAAGAGCCAAAGUCCUGUGCGACGACGCGAAGCUACGACCCGUUCCGGUCUCCACAAGGCAAAUACCCCCCGAGAGAAGCGAAGUGUGCGAAGAUCACAGUCUACCGUAAUGGGCUCAUUGUCGAUGUUGAUAAGACCGCAAAAGAGCCCACAGAAACGGCUCCCCAACCGAGGCCAGCUGCAAAGAACACGGAUAUCGAGGUGCCCCAGGUGGCUCAGGUGCCCGAGUGUCCACCGAGCUCACCAUUCGUGCUUAUGCGUGAUAAGCGCAUGAAGGUCAAUUCCGUCAAAUCAUUCCAUUCAAAGACCUCUUUAUCUGGGUCUCGUCGGGCUCUUUAUGUCGCAUCAACGCCGCGUUCUGCCAGCUACAAACGCAAUGUAUCCUUCCACCACAAAAGGAACCGCUCGCAAGGCUCAGUACUAUCCACCAAAGCGAGGCCACCGAGGCCGAAAGCCCGCAAUAUCAGGCUUGAUGCAAGUGAAAGCACUGUCAUCUCUGACUACGACGAUGAUCCAUUUUCUGACGCACAAGAGAGCCCCUCGUUGCCCGCUCAGCCCACGGUUGUGCGUGGAGCUGGUGUUACAGUCAGGAAUUGCCCUCAGAUGAAAAGGGUGCGAAAUAGCGAUAUCAUUUGGAAAGACGAUGCGCGGAAGGUGUCCUAUGAACUCAGUCAAAUAUGCGAGGAGGCCUUCAACGGCAGCUCACUGUCCACGAACUGCACAGCCAGCACAUGCAUUGGGUCCGAAACCCCUGCGACAUCCUUGUCGAUCGCCAGCCCUGAGGUGUCUCAUCAACAGCUUGCUUCCAAAAGACACUCGACCACACGCACGGCACCCCCAGCCGCAUCGUCGCCACGAUCAUACACGGCUGCAGAGCUUACUGAAACUCGUCGUAAACUGAUCCAGCAUUCAACUAAGGACGACUCAGGAAACAUCCCGGGCUACUUGAAGCCAAUCAUUGCGCACCUAGAUCGUCUAAUUGAGCAGGAUGAAUCGAAACGACGAGAGCGGCGGGAGAAUCCUAUACCUUAUCCCAGUGCGCUGAGGGAGCAAUCAGUCCGGUCGUCAAGUGAAACCCCGCAGCCACCAGAAGCAACCAAAGUCCCGGGAACUGCACCCAACCCCCAAAUCAAUGCUGCUUACAAAGUAGGAGACCAAGGAACAGCCGUGCUGCCAACUCCUCAGAAGCAUCCUGGCCGCUCCAACCGCGAUGGAAAGAGAACAGUUCGCAUGGUGCCUCAUAGUUCUCUGCAGUCGAUGGGGCCAGCCAAGGACUUGAAUAUUCGGAAGAACCGCAGUUCUAUUCCCGAAGACAUUCCAGAGACACCGGACGUGUGCACAACGGAUGCUGAGAAAGAGCAGGCUGCAGCAUCUACACGCAAGUUCGCUUCCCUGAACCCCGGCCAAGAUCGGGGUCCCUGCGAACUGGACCCCAUUGAAGAAACUCCAGGAUCGCCCAGACGUAACGGCACUCGUUCUUCGGACAAUAAGAAAUGGUCAUGGUUUCAGAACAGGUCUCAAAUGGCAGGGGAUCACACUACAAGAUAUCCCAGCGACGUCCCGCAAAUCCAACCGAGUUCAGCGACUGUAAUCAGACACCACCAAGACUCGAGAGAAGCGAAGGCCAACACCCAGCGAGAUAGUCACUUCAAUGGAAAGCCCUCGCGGACGAAGCCUAAAGGCGGAUUCUUCAGAAGACUAAUGAAUAGACGAGCAAGCAAGGAAUCUCAGAACCAGGAUACAGGCUUUGACACUGCAGACACCAAUGUCUUGCUCCACGAGAACAUCGAGACUGGUAACACAACAGACUCCGAAUUCGACGGCAAACCUCUUCCACCUCCCCCACGUGGUGGAGGAAAGAGCCAGAACUGGUUCGCCCGCGUAUUCCAACUCAAGCCUGCUACUCGAGUGAUAGCACUCAACACAUCGACCACCAAAGCUCGGAAAUACAUCCAUAAGACAAUGCGUGAGUGGAAGAAAUGGGGUAUGGAGGAGGUUUACCUUGACAAGGACAAACGGGUUAUCUACGGAAGCGUGGGUGAAGUCAAUUUGCUAAAUCUUCGACCGGUCCAAUUCUCCGCUGAGUUCUGCACAUACCUAGAACAAGGUCGACAGGAGAACCUCAGCCUUGUUCGCUUCAAGCAAGAGCGGGGAGCAGCAUCGUCCUUCCACAAGGUGGUCGACACUCUCUACCUCCUCAUGAAGGGCCAGCACAUGCUCAUGGAAGAUCCGGCCCGAGCAAAAGAGAUGGUUCGAAUUCUGGACGACUACCCGAAUUUUUGA